AGAUUACAUGUAAUACAAUUCUGGCAUCAUCAUCGGUCAAACGGUGUGAACUUAGCUAUACUAGUCUCUUCUUCCUUGUUUCUUUUGCAUUCUACCUUCAACCAAAGCAAACAAAAAGCAAUUUCUUCUGCAAUUUUUUUAUGCAGAUUGUCGAUAUUUACUGCUCAAAGGUGACCCUAGUGACCUGGUGUGUGUGUCUCUGUGUGUGUGUGUAUAUAUAGAUAGAUAGACAGACAGAUAGAGAGAGAGAGAGAGAUAGAACACUGUUACAUUGAACAAGUUUCAAGUUUGAUGUGCUAUACAAAGGUGGAUGUAAAGGUUGACCUUUGAAGUUAUAUGUGUUUGGGAUUUGGAUCUUGUUAAUUUGAUCAGUUUGGUACAUGUUCUUAGUAUCAAAGGUGGCGAAUCCAGGAGACACUGGCGAGUUUAUCAGAUUUCCGGUGGUACCAGGUAAUACUGAAACCACCGCCAACCCAACCACCACUGCUCAGCCUCAUCAACCAGCACAAUCAUGGGAGAGAAUGCAACAACCAGACUUUCUACUAUCGGAGGAACCCAUGUUUUUUGGAUUCGGUCAGACGAGGGAGAUGCCUGCGAUGGUACCGACAAUAGCCGCCCCGGGACAGACGUACGGGGAAUGGAACUUUAAGCCUGAUCCAAGUGGAACUGGUGGCCCUGGCAAUAUUCUGUAUCCGUCUUCGUCGCCUUAUUCUUCCUCGAGUUCUGGCUCUUGGGUUGGACAGAAGAGAAGACGUGAUCAAGAUGAUAGUGUUACUCAGUUUCCAGAGCAAGUCCAGAGGAUCUAUGGCGGGUUUGGGGAAUCAUCUUUCUCUGUCAAAACUGAGGUGGCUGAAGCGGGCGAUACAAGCGUUGCGCCACCACCUACCACUACCAUGGAACACCAGCCACCGCCGCCAGAAACCUCAACAGAAAACCAAGGAGAAAGAAGAAGAAAAUAUAGAGGGGUAAGGCAGAGGCCAUGGGGGAAAUGGGCAGCAGAAAUAAGGGAUCCACACAAAGCUGCAAGAGUAUGGCUAGGUACAUUUGAAACAGCAGAAGCAGCUGCCAGAGCAUAUGAUGAAGCUGCUUUCAGAUUCAAAGGCAACAAAGCCAAACUAAAUUUCCCUGAAACUGUAAACUUGCCGCCACCACCCACCACUACCCUAGCAGCGGCACCACCACUACCACCAGCAUUCUUCCAAAGUCAACCUUUUCAAAUAUCUGGAACUGCCAGGGACUACUGGGGAUACUCACAAUUACUUCAGAAUACAGCUGAUUUACAACAUCGUCAACCCAUAAGCUUGUCAGAACAAAUGCAGCUCUAUGCUUCAUCAAUUGCUGCUUCUUCUUCAUCAUAUCCUCUGCAAUUCCCCAGUCAACAACAGACACUUGAUUCACAGACACAGGGAAAUCAAACUCAAGAAAACACACCAAAUUAUCCUGCACCACCAUGGACCAGUUCUACCCACAAUCCUUCAUCAUCUAGUUAAAGUUUUAUACUUUUCUUCUGCUUUUUCCUUGAGAAUUUUGGUGGCCAUAUGAAGUUUAUGCUUAAUUACUGAUUAUAAUUUUUUUUUUUUUUUUUAUGAUUAUAGAUAUGUAGAUAAGAGCAGGUUAUAAGUUUCUAGAUGGGAUUUGAAUGUUAAUCUUGUAAGGAAAUUGGUAGAAAUGAUCAACCUUUCAGCUGUCUCUU